GCACCUCUCAACUCCCAUAUCUCUCUCUCUCUCUCUCUCUAGUAAUUUUCUUUAUUUCUCUCUCCUAGGGUUUGUGCUCUGUCCUCUGAGAGAUUUCGACUUAUGGUGUAGCAUCUAUUUCCUCAACCUUAAAAUCUCUCUCCCCAUCGCUCUGUCACUGCUGCUUAGCUUUUGUCACUUUCUUGAGAAUAUUCCCUGGUUUUAUGGUGGUCCCUUCUCAUUCUCUCCACUAUGGUGACUAUUUGUCAAAAGUGUGAUGACAGAGGCUUCUCUAUGGCAUUGAUCUACUAUGACAGAUGUUUGGUUUAUGCUCAACAUCGUGUGGUGACAGAGGCUUCUCUGUGGCAUUGAUCUACUGUGACAAAUGUUCGGUUUAUGCUCAACAUCGGUAUGAUUUAUUUGCAGUGUGUUUGUGCGUGUUGGUUUGCAUUUUUGGACAUGUGUGUGCGUUCAGCGUUCAUGAGUACGCCUAGAUACAACUGUUCAAAAAAAUAAAUAAAUAAAAGAGUAUAGCAGUAUGCUAGCAUAUUUAGUGCUUGUUUGGUAUAGCUUAUUUUUCAGUUUUAAAAAAGGAAUUGUUUGAAAAAGUUGUACCUAAAAAAACUCUAUUGAAAAAUCCAUUAAAAAAAAAAAAAUUUAAAAAAUCCCAACUCAGCAAUACAAGGGGAAAAAAAUCCUUUCUAUGUAUCUCUAAGAUAUAAAAGGAUUCCUCUUCCACGUGAAUCAGUCUCUACUAGUCAAUACAAAAAAUAAAUAUAUCUCAUAUAUAUUGUCUAGCAUCUUUUUAUGAUCUAUAUUAUCUUAUUUUAUUUUUAAAAUUGAUAAUUGUGGCUUGUUUUUUUUUUUUUUUUUUUUUUUUUUUUGGGCUGAAUGGCUAGUUACAGUCCACUAUAACUUCAUGUGUUUUUUAAUCCAAGCUGGGAUAAAUUUAGUAAGUCUAGUGUCACAAUAAUUUUUGUUAUUUUAGUCACAAUUUAUUUAUGUGGCAAGUUGUAGGUAGUGAAAAUGAAAUGAUGGGUCUAUGUAGUCUAUAAUUUCAAUAUUUACAGGUCGUCAUGUGAUAAAAUUGUGAUAAAGUUGUAGAAUUAUUUAUAAUACCAGACUUACUCCAUAAAUUUAGUAGGUAGUACUUUUUUUAAUGGAAAUUUAGUAGUUAGUACUUAGUACAGCAUGUGGCCCAGUUUAAGUAUUCUACCUAACUUGCUGUCGGUCCAGGGUAAAUACUAAAUUGUGCUUGAUUAUGACAUCUCAGCUAUAUUACAAGAGAGAUAAUAAAGCAAAUUGGUGAAUGUAUUGGGGUUUCAUUUUCAUUUUUCCAACACAUAUUCUAACUCCUUCGACCAUGGGAAGUUUCUCGUUACUCUUGGCUGCAGCAAGAAGGCUUGAAGGAAAAGUGGCAUUAAUCACUGGUGGGUCUAUGGUGACUAUUUGUCAAAAGUGUGGUGACAGAGGCUUCUCUAUGGCAUUGAUCUACUGUGACAGAUGUUCGGUUUAUGCUCAACAUCGGGUAAAUACUAAAUUGUGCUUGAUUAUGACAUCUCGGCUAUAUAUUACAAGAGAGAUAACAAAGCAAAUUGGUGAAUGUAUUUGGGUUUCAUUUUCAUUUUUCCAACACAUAUUCUUACUCCUUCGACCAUGGGAAGUUUCUCGUUACUCUCGGCUGCAGCAAGAAGGCUUGAAGGAAAAGUGGCAUUAAUCACUGGUGGGUCUAGCGGCAUUGGUGAGUCCACUGCAAGACUCUUCUCUAAACAUGGAGCAAAAGUUGUAAUUGCUGACAUCCAAGAUGAAUUGGGUCACUUUGUAUGCGAAGAACUAAAUCCUCAAUCUACAUCCUUUGUCCAUUGUGAUGUUACUAAAGAAACAGAUGUAGAAAAUGCAGUUAACCAUGUUGUUUCCAAGUAUGGUAAGUUAGACAUUAUGCACAACAAUGCUGGUAUAGUUGGGGUAGCCAAACCUAACAUCCUUGACAACACCAAGGCUGAAUUUGAGCUAGUGGUUAGUGUCAACCUUGUAGGUGCUUUCCUUGGCACCAAACAUGCAGCCCGUGUGAUGAUUCCAGCUAAAAAAGGUAGUAUAAUCAAUACCGCUAGUGUUUGUUCAACCAUAGGAGGAGUUGCAACUCAUGGCUACACAAGCUCAAAACAUGGUUUGGUUGGAUUAAUGAGAAAUACAGCAGUGGAGCUUGGACAAUUUGGAAUUCGUGUGAAUUGUGUGUCACCUUAUUUUGUUAGACUUGUCAAUGAACUAACUUUUUGGUGAGAUCCCAGCAUCAUUAGGCAAAUUGAAUGAUCUAAAACUUCUCAACAUCUCACAUAACAUCCUCCAUGGGAAUGUACCGAUAAGUCUUGGUGACUUAAAGAGCCUAGAGAGUUUGGACUUGUCACAUAACAAAUUAUCAGGCUUAAUUCCCCAAUCACUAGCAAAGAUUGUCUAUUUUGGAUAUGAGUAACAACAAGCUCACUGGUAAGAUUCUAGUUGGUGGUCAAAUGGAUACCAUGAAUGAUCCAAACUUUUUUGCCAACGAUAGUCUAAUGUGUGGAAUGCAGAUUUGAGUUCCAUGUCCAGAAGAGUUGUCACCAACAAAACCUUUAAAGGAUUAGAAUAAGGAGAGAU